CCCCCCGCGGCGCUGCCCUUCACGGCGGCCCAAGAUGGCGACGGCGACGGGAAUCAUCCAAAAGCUCCGAAACUUCCUGGCGGGGCGGAACCUCCAGGAGAAGCUGGCGCUGCGCUACGGGGAGAUCGCCAAGAGGACCCAGCCGCCGCCGCGGCUCCCGGUGGGCCCCAGCCACAAGUUCGCCGAUAACUAUUACUGCGGCCGGGACGGGCGCCGCGAGUCGCUGCCGCCCGUGGUGGUGGUGGCGGCGCAGAAGACUCUGGCUGCAGGGGCACAACCCGGCAGUUCAGACUCUGCAGUGACAACAACGCAGAAAAAAGCAGUGACACCAGGACCACCUCUUAGGAAGUGGGAGAUUUCCAAGGACCAGCCCUACCUGUGAGCAGGGAGCGAGCCAAGACUGCGUGAUGGGUGCAGGUGCUUCCAGAGCAGCUUCAGCGGGGAGGCUGUGGUGGAUUUGGCUUCAGGAGUGCUGCAGGGAGCUGAUAUCUUACUAAUAAAUGUAUUUAAAGCUAUGACUACA